AUUUGUUUUUAGUUUUUGUUAUCUGCUUUUGUGUUUAUAAAAUCAAUUUUUACAGUUGACAAAAAUAACUCCGUGUUAUGAAUGGCCCCUCCAACAUGAGAAAUAUAUUCUUUUUAUACUUAUUGCUAAAAGGUUUUACUUGAUAUCUAAAUAUAUCUAGAAAAUUCGUCGCAGUUUGGUGCAUUUCAUUUGUGUUUGCAUAGCUCUUGUUCCAAUAUUUGUUGUUCCCCUAGCUUUGACUGUAGUAAACGCUAUGUAUUUAUUUUAUUAUAACUUUUAUUAAAACUGUUUAUUCAUAGCAUAUCUAUGGGGAAUUGUUUUGGGUGCUGUAUGAAACGAAAUAUGAGGAAAACUACAGGUAGAGGCAAAUAUUUGCGCAGUGGUAGCUGUGAAGAAGUUAUGGUAUCUCCGGAGGAAGAGUUUUUGGAGCUUGAACAACGUCAUAAAAAUGAUUCUGAAGUUCCCGUCACCACAGAAACUACUGAAAUUCGUAAAAUACCCCGACCCAAUAAACUUAAUUUUAAAAAGUCAAAUUUUGUCUGGCGGAAGAAUGAAAAUCGUAUGAUGUCAGGGAACCUUAACUUUCACAAGAAUAUAAAAUCACCAGCAGAUUCUGUGAUGCCUCUUUUAAAUAGAGAAAAUUCAUUUGCUGAAACAUGCAGCUUUAAUGGUACUCAAAAAUGGGAUCAAUUUAGUAAUGGAGGAGCUACCCCUGGCUCUUCUGUGGAUUUAGAAUGGGAAAAUGAAAUUGGAUUUAAUUCCACAUCUAACUUUGGUGCUACAGAGGAGCUCCAAUGGAUGGUGCUAUCAGAAAACACAAAUAACUCAUGGAGAUCAUCACCUCUCUCUAACAGCAAUGGUUUGGAAUGGGAUGGUGACUUUGCAAGUGUUGAUAUAUCUGAAAUUGUUGCUGAAACCAAGAAAAUGACUGCUGAUUUAGAAGAUAAUAAUAUCCAGGAUACCUCAAGUUCACCACUUAGGGAUAUAGAAAACAAUUACUGAGCUGCAUGAUUUGCAUGGGAUUCUAGAACAUUAGGUCUCCUAGAGCUUAUUGUCUGUACAUGAUAUGCCAAGUGUUUAUUGUACAUAAAUCUCUCAAGAUUGCACUUGUGUCAUUGAUCAAUAUGGAGGACCCAAACACUGAAAUUCUUGACAAGAAAUGGAGGAUCUGAAGAGGAAACUAUAGGCUGAAAUAUGUAUGUGUUAACAUUUGGAAAAGAUUGCAAAAUAUAUUUUCGUACAGUUGUUGGAGAUUGCAUUCUCAAAAUUACAUAUUUAAUAAUGUGUUGCUUAUUUUUAAGCUGUUUUAAUAUGCUGAUCUAUAAAGAUUGUAUUUUGUGUAGAAUGUUAUUUUACAGGUAUAUUUUUAUUUCUAAAAAAAAAUAUUGAAUUGUCACAUUUUAAACUUAAUUUUAAGGAAACAUCUACAUUAAAAAAGUAACAGAACUCACUAUUCUUUUGUUUAAAAUAUAUAUAUUUAUAAUAAUUGAAUUUUGCUUAGAAAUAUUUCAAAAACGUCAAGUUAGAAAGAAAAAAAAAGUAUUGACAACUGAAAAAAAUUUCUUUCUUACCUAAGCAAUGUCCUCAUUCAGCAGACAAUCGACUGCACUUUCAAUUUUGAUAUAUUGUAUGCUAAAAUGUCAAGUACAUGUAAGAUUUUAAAAAUAUAAAUUUUUUUUAAAGAUAUAGUUUUUCUUCUGCACCAUUAAAUGUAAUAAAUAAUUGCUGUUGGUUCUAAAAGAACAAUAACAAAUAAGUUUAAACUUAUUUCUAAUCCUUGCAAUAAAAUAUUGCUCUAAAUUAAUACUUACAUUUUCUUUUUAAAAGUUAAAAAAAAUUUGCCAAAUAAAUUGGGAUAAAUGUUGUAUAUUUGUCUGAAAAAUAAAUGGCCAAUCGUAAAUUUCUCAAAUUUUUGUGAAAAUUUAUAGUUUUAGUAACUAGAUUUCGUCUAGUAGGUAUUAAAUUUGUUUCCAUGAAAUUGGAUGAAAUUAUUACAUAUAGCAUGGAGUGUGUUUUAUGUUAUUUUUUCUCUAUAUAUUUUGUUUUUGUAUUUAUUUCUUCAAAUAAAAAUUAAAACAAAGUGAAAAUUUAACCCACUCCUAUAAUUUGGCAUAGGUAAAAAGCCUUUAAACAUGGUUAUUGCUUGAUUAAAAAAUAAUUCAAGUUUGUUACAUAUUUUGUGGCAACAAAAUUCAAAAAAUUGUGAUUAUUUUGUUAUAAAGUAUUGAGUUGAAGAUAAAGUAAGUGUAUCACUUAAAUUAUUACUAAAAAAAUAUGAUUCUGCUUUUGUUUUAAUUACAUAAAAUAGUAUACUUAAUAUUAAAUGCAUUGAUAUAGAAAAUGUUA